AUGGCUCGUCACACAGCCUUUCACGGUAUCGAGAAAAAUGCACGAACAGAAGUCGAUGAAUAUGCAGGUGAAUAUGGUCGAUCUGUUGAUGAUUAUAAUUAUGCAUUAUCGCCAAGAACGGAAAGCCAUUUUAUAUACCCUGCAAACAAUGAACAACGUGGAGCAGAAACAUCUUUUGCAUCUUUUGUACAACAACCGAAAAAGAAAUCGAAUAAAACGAAAAAAUCCAAGGCAACAAAUCAACAACAACAAGAGGCAGAACUAGGAGAUAAACAACAAUAUCAUCGUGGACGUCAACAGUCGCGUGAUCACGAUCUUCUGUUCGAAAUGGAACAUGAAGAUGAGCCACCUGUUCCAAUGAAUGAACCUGUAACAAAGAAAAAUGUCAAACAAACACCAACAAAAUCUUAUGAAAAUAAUAAUGAUAAGAAUGAUGAACUAAAAUCAUAUAGCGGAUUAGAUAAUCGUAUAGCAACAUUGAAGAUUAGUGAUCGUAUCGAUCGUAGUUUGUCGCCUCCAAAAUCAGCAAAUGUUUCGGCAUGUGUUACCCCAAGAAGCGGCGUCUCACCUGCUACACGUAAUUUAAAUGGAAAAAAGCCCGAUACCAAUACUGAUAACAUUACAGCAACAGUAACAAAACGUCGUGUUGGUCAAACUGAUCGCUCAAAUGUAUUGAAAGAAUAUGAACAACGUUUAGACGGUAAAGAAUUAAUUAAUUUGGUUGUUAUCGGUCACGUUGAUGCUGGUAAAUCGACAAUGAUGGGUCAUUUAUUAGUCAAAUUGAAAGUCAUUGACGAACGAACGGUGCAUAAAUAUCGGCAAGAAGCACAACGUUUGGGAAAAGAAAGUUUUUCAUUUGCAUUUGUGUUGGAUGAAUCGGAAGAAGAACGAAAACGUGGUGUAACAAUGGAUAUUGCUCAUGCACAAUUUAAAACACAAACAAAAAUUGUGAAUUUAGUUGAUGCACCGGGACAUAAAGAUUUUAUUCCAAAUAUGAUUAAUGGUGCUAGUCAGGCUGAUGUGGCGAUAUUAGUUGUUGAUAGUAGAAAAGGUGAAUUUGAGACGGGUUUCGAUUUCGGUGGACAAACACGAGAACAUGCACUAUUAAUUCGGUCAUUAGGAGUUGCUCAAGUAAUUGUAGCUGUUAAUAAAAUGGACACUGUUAAUUGGUCGUAUGAACGUUUUGACGAUAUUGUUAAAAAACUACAUCAAUUUUUAAAAACAAGUGGUUUUAAAGAGCAAGAUGUUUAUUAUGCACCAGUUAGUGGAUGGACAGGACAGAAUUUAAUUGAGAAAGCAAGUGAACCAGCAUUAUUAGACUGGUAUAACAAUGAUACACAUCAGUUGCCAGUGGGUGUGAUACGAUAUGCAACAUUAUUAGAAUUGAUUGAUAAAUUGAAACCUCCUGAGAGGCCAAUAUCAAAACCGUUUCGUUUAUGUAUCACGGAUGUGUUUAAAGCAACGGGCGUUGGAACAGGUACAAGUUCAAUAUCUGGUCGUAUUGAUAGUGGUGGAAUUGAAAUAAAUGAAAAAAUAUUAAUAAAACCUUCGAAUGAUAUAGCACAAAUUAAAUCAAUACAAAUUGAAAAUGCAAAUGUACCAUCAGCGUUUGCCGGUGAUAAUGUCGUGUUAAAUAUAAUUGGUGCUGAUCCCGCACAUUUAUUUAUCGGUAAUGUUGCUUGUGAUCCCGAAUAUCCAAUAUCUACGGCAACUGUUAUUAAAGGACGUAUUCUGAUAUUUAAUAUUACAACGCCUAUAACGCCUGGCUGUCCAAUCGUUUUUCAUUUUAAAUCCGUACAUGAACAAGGAAAUAUAACUAAAUUAUUAGAAGAAUUAGAUCGUUCGAGUGGUGAGCUGAAAAAACGAAAUCCACGUUUCUUAACAAAAAAUUCUAGUGCUCUAGUUGAAGUAAAAUUACAACAACGAAUAUGUUGUGAACUUUAUUCAAAUUUUAAAGAAUUAGGACGUUUCAUGUUGAGACAAGGUGGUAGUACAAUAGCAGCGGGAAUCAUUGUUGAUAUUGUUGAAUGA